UCUCCUCGCAGUCGCUGAGAAGCAUCUUCCCUCUCACCUUUUGACCGGCGUUGCUAUGGAGAACCUCAGUGAACUUCAAAACCCCUUACUGGACAAAAACAGCAAGCACAUGGUCAACGGCUAUGGGGGAGAACUGCCGAAUAACCAGUACCAGGAGAACAUUAUAAACUACUUUGCUGGAGGAGGCGGAGGCGGAGGAGGCGAGGGCGGCGGAGGAGGAGGAGGAGGAGGAGGAGGAAAAGUCAACAACGGCAACGUCGUGAGCGGAGGAGGCUACAGUACCAACGGGAAGGUGAAAUCUCAGCAGCUUUUGGACGCAACCUCGCUGCAUCUGGCGGUGGAGGCUUUCUACCGGCCCAACUUCAUCCUGUACAAGGAGGACAGCGGCAGCAUCAAGGCCAAGGAAUACAAAAGUGAGUGCUGUGAGACCACCUUCACGGAGAAGAAGGCGAAGGAGGCGUCCAACACGGCGGGCGCCGAGACCCCCGGGACCGAGGAUCCCCAGGCGAAGCUGCUGGAAGACGGCGAGCACGUCAAGAUCCAGACGGUGUCCUACGAGGUGGAGGAGGAGGAGUAUGUGGAGUACGAGACGGACUGUUCCAGUGACAGCGAGAGCGAGGACAACUUCAUAGUCGUCCCUCCGCGAGACCACCUGGGCCUGGCCAUCUUCUCCAUGCUCUGUUGCUUCUGGCCAUUGGGGAUUGCAGCCUUCUACUUCUCGCAGGGGACCACCAAGGCGGUGAACAAAGGGGACUUCCCACUGGCCAACAUCGCCUCCAGGAGGGCUUUGUUUCUCGCCGCCCUCUCCAUCACUAUAGGCACCGGCGUGUAUGUGGGGGUGGUGGUAGCUCUCAUCGCCUACCUCUCUAAACCAGGACACAUAUAGCAGCGGCGCCAUUACUCCACGCACCUCCGGGGAGCCCCGGGAAGAGAACAGCCCCCCCUCUGGGGAACGCCAUUGCUCCUGCAGACUCUG